AUGUUUCAUUCCGAGCGGCCGCCACUUGAUGAUCACUCAAGAUUCAAACUCACUCCACUCUCGGAGGAAGAAUAUGUCAACACAACAGACCUUCCACCUACCAUUCACAAUCCUCCUCCUCCUCCUCCUCCUCCUCAUACAGAAACACUUCAUCAAACUAUAAAUUCCGACAGUCUUAAACAACAAAAUUUGACCUUCGAUCGAAUGUUGUUGGACCCUCCCGAACCUGUUGAUUCAUCAACUUUCAUACAAACCUCCAAACCAAUUGUGAAUCAACAUUCAACAUCAACCACUACUACUACCAUGAUGAUGAUGAAUCAUUCCAUACCAACAAUAGAAACAACAACAACAACUCUUGCAUCGAAUGAUGAUGAUGAUGAGGUCGUUGUGAUGAAUUCAUCUUUAACUCAAAGUCGUCCUCAUCAUCACCUUGAUCAUGAACCAUCCAUCCUUUCACAACAAAUUCCUUCCUCCUCCUUUUCGAAUCCAUCUUUUCCUCUUUCCAUCUUUUCAUGGAUUCAAGAUAAAUUACAUUCCAAUCCAAAUCGAGGAGAUGUUGAAAAAUCCUAUCUGCCACCAGAAGUGUGUGUGAGAAUUUUUCAUUAUGUCGAUCAUGACAGUUUAUUUACUAGUAUUCGCCUUGUUUGCAAACAAUGGAGACAGUUGAUUGAAGAAGAAAUGUUCUUCAUGCCAGUGUCAACUUUUUACAAAAUUUUGAAACAAGAAUUACAAAUGUUAAAAGAAAAGGAAAACAGUUCGACCAAUUUGGAACAUUCGAAUUCAACAACCAAUCAUGAUUCGACGACGACGAUGAUGACUAACACUGUUGUGGAAUUACCUCCUUUAUCACAAAUUGAAGAAAAAGAUGUCAAAUUACAGUUACUUCGAUUUUUACUUUUCAAAUAUACUCUCAAAUACUACAAAACGUAUAGCAUUGGAUUUAAGAAUUUUGUGAAAAGUACCUAUCUCAAUUUUAGAGCAAAGGAAAAAGAAUUGAAUUCUAAACUUUCACACCCAAUUACUCCUCCUGCGAAGUUAUUUAACAAAAUUGGAGUUUCUAGUGAAAGUGUGGAUUUUCUCUUUUUGAAAAUUAUGUUUUUUGAAUUUACAUCAAAUGAACAACAAGAAGAAUAUAGCAAAUUAUUACACGAAGAUUCCACAAAUUCAGAACAUCAAAAUAAUGCUCUCUCAUAUGGAGAUGGUCACAUGGACCGAAAGUUUUCAAUUAUUCUUGAAAAGAAAGAAAUUGGAUUUAAUUGGUUUGAAAUUUACACAAAAGUGAGACAAGAAUAUCAUACUUUUACUCGAUUUAUGAAAGAGAGAUCAACCUCUCUCGAUCAAAUGUAUCAAAUGACUCGAUUAUUCUAUCUACCAUUCGCCAUGCUUUUAAUUGUCAUUUCCAUGUUAUUGGCAUUUCUUAAAUAUAUUGCCAUUGAUUAUGCAAUUCAUGAAACUGCCUAUGAUUCUCUCACUCUUCCAGAAUUUGAUUAUUUUUGGAUGAUUUGUUUUGGACUCAUAAUUCUUUCAGUGACUAUUCUUUGUAACAUUCCAUUAACGGUCAUUUUACGAAUAUUUAGAGAUUGGAUAUAUAUUGUAGAGCAGUUUAAUAUUCGAGAAAGAUACAAAUCCAAGAAUAUCAAAUUUUUCUUUCGUGUGAAAAAACAUGUCUAUUUUGGAGAAAUACUUCGAAGAGCUCUCAUUCAUGCAGGAAUAUUUGUAGUAUUACUAGGUAUCAUCGUGUCACUUUGUUUGCAAUGUGUAAGAUUAAUGUUUCCUUUAACCAUUUCAUAUCAUGCCUUUACCAAUUUUGAAUUUAUGAGUAAUUAUCUCACUAGAGAAACAUUUGAGGAAGGAGCUGUGAUCAUGUCACCCUUAUUAAUUAGUGCUCCAUUUGCAGCGUUGAGCUAUUUCUUGCUUUCCAACAGAGUUUACACACAUUACAUGCUUUUGUCCAAUUAUAACUAUUUGUGUGGUAUGGCCUUUUUGUUUGCUCUUCAUUCUCUUUUUGGAAUGCUAUUGAUUGUGUUCAUGAGUGUGGACAUGUAUUUCAAAGUGAUGUGCGUUGGGUCAUUAAUUUUACUCGUUUUUUUCUCUAGUUGCAUAUUUGCAUUGAGUUUUGAGAUGAAGAAAAACAUGGUAAAGAAAGGAUCCGAAGAAUUCAAAUGGAUGGUUGCAGAUGGCGUCCUAUUACUAUUAUUCUUUUUGAGCUUGUCUCUAUUUGUGAUUGGGUUUACCAUCAGCAAAUAUGUUGAGAUGCCAGUAGUUGUGGCUGGUUUACUCAUGAUUGUGCCAUUGUUGACUGCUUUUGUACUUCUCAGUAUCAAUGUCAUAUUCGCAAUGGUGAAUGGCAGGAAGAGUUUGUUGGGACGACUUUUGAGAACGACCUUUCACUUCACAGCGACUUCCAUGUCAUUGGUAGGUCAGACUAAAAAAGCAACAGCAUCUUUGGGACGAGCAAAACAAUAA